CUUAGCUCCCUGGAUAUGUCCCCGCACAGGGAGGAGUGGAUGCAGGCCAUCCAGAUGGUUGCCAACAGCCUCAAGCAGCGGGGCCCAGGUGAGGAUCCCAUGGACUACAAGUGUGGCUCCCCCAGCGACUCUUCUGCAGCCGAGGAGAUGGAAGUGGCAGUUAGCAAGGCGCGGGCCAAGGUGACCAUGAAUGACUUCGACUAUCUCAAGCUCCUGGGCAAGGGCACCUUUGGCAAAGUCAUCCUGGUGCGGGAGAAGGCCAGUGGCCGCUACUACGCCAUGAAGAUCCUGCGGAAGGAGGUUAUCAUCGCUAAGGAUGAAGUCGCCCACACGGUCACCGAGAGCCGGGUCCUCCAGAACACCAGGCAUCCAUUCCUCACUGCGCUGAAGUACGCCUUCCAGACCCACGACCGCCUGUGCUUCGUGAUGGAGUACGCCAACGGUGGCGAGCUGUUCUUCCACCUGUCCCGGGAGCGCGUCUUCACGGAGGAGCGGGCCCGCUUUUACGGCGCGGAGAUCGUCUCAGCCCUGGAGUACCUGCACUCGCGGGACGUCGUAUACCGUGACAUCAAGCUGGAAAACCUCAUGCUGGACAAAGAUGGCCACAUCAAGAUCACUGACUUCGGCCUGUGCAAAGAGGGCAUCAGUGACGGGGCCACCAUGAAAACCUUCUGUGGGACCCCUGAAUACCUGGCACCCGAGGUGCUGGAGGACAACGACUACGGCCGGGCGGUGGACUGGUGGGGGCUGGGUGUGGUCAUGUACGAGAUGCUGUGCGGCCGCCUGCCCUUCUACAACCAGGACCACGAGCGCCUCUUCGAGCUCAUCCUCAUGGAGGAGAUCCGCUUCCCGCGCACGCUCAGCCCCGAGGCCAAGUCCCUGCUUGCUGGGCUGCUUAAGAAGGACCCCAAGCAGAGGCUCGGCGGCGGGCCCAGUGAUGCCAAGGAGGUCAUGGAGCACAGGUUCUUCCUCAGUAUCAACUGGCAGGACGUGGUACAGAAGAAGCUCCUGCCACCCUUCAAACCUCAGGUCACGUCUGAGGUUGACACAAGGUACUUUGACGACGAGUUCACCGCCCAGUCCAUCACAAUCACACCCCCGGACCGCUAUGACAGCCUGGGCUCACUCGAACUGGACCAGCGGACCCACUUCCCUCAGUUCUCCUAUUCGGCCAGCAUCCGAGAGUGAGCUGAGUGAGAGCGGCGCUGCCUGCCCGCCGCCGCCGCCGCCGCCGCCACAGGACGCAUGCGCGGCCGCCGUCACCACCGGGGGGCUUUUUUUUUUUAACUUUUUAUUUUGCCGUUUUUGUUUGUGUCCCCAUCCCUCACCUCCUGACCCCCAUUUCCAGUUUUUUCUUCAGCCCUCUGCCAAACUCACCUCAGCGGUCCUAGUGGCCCUGCCUACAGGAUCCUGUCCUGCCCUCACCUUCGUGCCCAGACCAGGAUUUGGGACACUCUCCGCUGCCUGCCCCAGGACCAGGCCUUUGGGCAGUUGGAGAGAUGCCGGUUUUUAAUCAACAUAAAGCCCCAGUGAGGGGCGAAGUAUGGAGCCGUGGGGCCUACCUGAAUUUCUGGUUGGGGCGCCCACAGGCAGCCCUGCCUCUGGGUUGCUGCUUCUGUCAGAGGCUGCCUUCUGGUGGGCCGCCCGGUGGACAGCGCCCUGGUGCUGCCUUCCUUGCCCCGUCGUUAGGCUCGGAGUGGCCUGGCGUGGGGCAGUCCAGCCCCCUUCUCCCGUGGGGGCGGAAAAGCAAUAACGUCCAGGGAUCGGGGGUGCGGGAGUAGGCGAGGGCCUUUGGAAGCCGCAUGCAGGAUUGGGGGUUCAGGGCUCCCUCGUGGGGAGGGGGCCUGCUCUACCCUGUGGGGAACUGGGAGGGGGCCCAGGGGAUGGGCGCUGCCUCCUGGCCCUGUCUUUCCCUGUCCCCUAAGCUGCUCUCCUGACCCUGGGAAUGAGGCAGGAGGAGCAUUCGGGGGCUGGCUUCCCCACCCACCAGCCCCGUGCCUUACCAGGGCUUCCUUCAGCCGGCUUUGCCUCCUGCUGGAGCCCGGGCCUGGCCCCGGCCCCUUCUUAGGAUGGGGGCCGGGGUCUCCCUCUUCUCUCUGCCUGGGGCGGAGGGGCGCCAGCCUCGGCUGUUACACAUCGCGCACCGAGACAGUAUUGGGCCCGGUGGACUUGGGUCGAAGAGGGGGUGGGGCUGGGUGUCUGGUACGAACCGAGGUAGGGGCCUCUGAGAAGAGAGGCUCCAGGCCACCUCACUCCUUCCCCCUCUCCGGGCCCCGCGUUCUGCAGCCUUAAGGUGAACGUGUCAGUGCUGUGGGCACUCAGCGUGCGUGCCUCAGGCUGUGUGUGUCUGUGGGCGUGCCUGUGCAUCUGGGAUGCAGAUGCACGUGGGCUGUGUGUGUGUGUGUGCGUGUGUGUUGGGUAUGUGUGUGCGAGGGCAAGCGAGUCCCGGCCUCCGGUGUGCGUGGUGUGUGUGUGGGCUCGGGCCCCGCCCCUGGCUCAAGCAUUUCAACCCGAGGGGUAGAGGUGCUAGCCUAGCAGGGGAGCGACACCUGAGGUCCACUUGUUGCCCUGUCCCCCCUGCCCCGUUCCCCCCAGCAUCUCUGGGGUUUGGGAUUUAGUUUCUGUGGUUUUGAUCACCCCAGCCCACCUUCUGUAGGUAGGUCACAGAGAGACAUUCUGGGGUGGGGUGGGGGGUUGGUUUGGGUGGGUGGGUUCUGACUUUUCCUGUCUGUGUGUGUAUGUCGUUAACCUGACAGUUCUCCCUCCUCCCAUCGGCCUGUCCCCAUCCCUCGUGUUUGUACGGUACAAGCAAUAAAGACACUCAUUUCAGCCUGGGGCCCACCACCCUGGGCCUUUCCUUGCUUCCAGA